AUGACGCGAAUCAAUCGUUGGAGAGAUGGCCGACUCGAGCAAAUGGCAAUACGAAUAUACUUCUUUCUACUCCUGGCCAACAUGCACACUGGACACUGCACCCAUCUACAUGUUGAGAAAGAGCAAUCCUUUCUAUUCAGCCUCGCACUUCCUCCACUAUUUCAAAGACAUAAUAGUAAAGAGCAGGCUCAUCUGAACUUAUCGGCGCAGCUAGUCAGCUACGAAUUCACAUCAAGCACAAUUGCUACCACCCCCAUCGCUAUCACACAGUCCAUCCGUGCUGACUCGCUUGCCACCAAAAUACACUUCUCUAUACCAUCGCUUACUACAUCACCACUCUCGUCCCGCACAAGGCUCGCCACUUCUACCCCGUCACUGAGUCACGGUACCUGCCUCAGCGAACAGCGAGGCUCGUACAUGUUCUUUUACAUCCCAGGAUACAGCUAUCAAACAGGAGAACAAAUGGCUGAACACCUAGCGAACGUAAGCGCGGCAGGGAUAGCGGGCACUGCCGCCUUGCGACGACAAAGGGAGAGCUAUCCCAACCUUAUAGGCGCGGAUGAAGAGCAAAGGAGCAGGCCUAGCUCAAGUGUCCGUGGUGCGUCGGAUCAACAGGCCAGCUUGAGACGCCAAUCGGACCCCUUUCAAGCAUCGGCAGCAGAGGAAGCCACAAGUAGCCGUCCCAGCUCGAACACACCCUUUUCCAGAUACUACGAGACGAGCUUAGGACGUGCCUCGACUCCUUUUGCAUCAUCAUCCGUCCGUCCUUCUACACCAGCCAUACUCGCCGAGGACCCUCGACCCAACUUCUUCGCCACCACCAUCGCCACCCGUCCACAAACACCCGCCAACCCUAACCAACCCCCCAUCCCCACGAUACCCAGCAACCCCCCAGAAGUACCCUUUCCCACCGAAGCCAUCCUGAUCCCCGACCCAACCCAACCCACCACCAUAGGCGCCACCCCCCUCAAUACCACAGCCACCACAAACUACAACCGCGAAAACACAGACAUCCAGAUCCUCACCGCCGAAACCGCACAAUUACUCCGAAUAGUCCACCCUUUGCGCCCCAGCACCCAAGACACAGACCAAGACGACAUCACCGCCGCUCUCCUGCCCCCCACCGCCCCCACACCCCUAGCCCUCAUCAAUAAUAACAAUAAUAACCCGCACCACCCGGCCAUCGACACCAUCACCAUCGCCCUCCACGCCGCAGCUAACCCCCCGCCCAACACAGACGCCAUACCCACCCUCCUCCCCCGCACCCCCCAAACCCCGGCUACUCAACGCAUCCCUCCCGCCCGCCCAGGCUGCAGAUUGUACUCUGGGCGCGACAAGUGGCUCACGCGCGGGACGCGGGUAGCGCAGCAUCCGCUGCCAGUAGGUGAGGCGUGUCCACUAUGUCGAGCGGUGUUCAAAGUGCAAGAGGACGGGUCUGGAGGCGGGGAUGCGGCGACGGCGGGAGUGGGCUCCGCGGUGCCGUUUGGAAGGGUGGCGAUGACGGCGUUGCGGUGUGGGUGUCGUUUUCACAGGGAGUGUUUGUGGAGCGGGGAGGAUCGAUAUUGUCCUUGGAGUGGGAUGAAGGGGAGGAGGCGUGGGAUUAGUGAAUGA